AUGUCUGGACGCGGCAAACAAGGAGGGAAGGUUCGGGCUAAGGCAAAGACCCGCUCAUCCCGGGCAGGACUCCAGUUCCCCGUCGGUCGUGUGCACAGGCUUCUCCGCAAAGGGAACUACGCCGAGAGGGUGGGCGCCGGUGCUCCGGUCUACCUUGCCGCUGUGCUGGAGUAUUUAACUGCUGAGAUCCUGGAAUUGGCCGGUAACGCCGCCCGGGACAACAAGAAGACCCGCAUCAUCCCCCGUCACCUGCAGCUGGCCGUGCGCAAUGACGAGGAGCUGAACAAGCUGCUGGGUGGGGUGACCAUCGCCCAGGGAGGCGUCCUGCCCAAUAUCCAGGCCGUGCUGCUGCCCAAGAAGACCGAGAGCAGCAAAGCGGCCAAGAGCAAGUGAUCACCGCUUAUCCCAGAUCAUCCCGAACACCAAAGGCUCUUCUUAGAGCCACCACAUUGUCUCCUACAGAGCUGGCGCCGCUGAUCUCGGGUGUGAUAGGGAUCUGGGCUGUUAUAGGGACUAAACAGAACAUCCGGCACAUUUUAUCUAAUAUAGGACACCGUGCGGGUUGUGCAGAAUGUAGUUGGUAUGUGAGGGGGUAAUUCUCUUUUGUAACUACUACGCUUUAAGAUUGUUCUCACGAUGUAGUUUACGGAUCCUCCACAAUAGACAGGACCGCAGUGUAGAGAUGGCGCCCCCUAUACUGUAGCCUCCUGUGUAAUGGAAGCUCCUGAACACAUCGGAUCUCC